CGAAUUUCUUCCGGAAAAAACAUACGCCCGCCCGGUAGGACGUAAUAUGAAGACACACCGCAGAAACUAAAAAGUGUACUACGUUAUUAUUUAUUAUUUUAGACAUUAUAUCGGCUAAGGAGCGUUCUCCCCCUCCAUGCUGCUGUGUCGAGUUUCGGCCGUGACCCACACGCUUGCGGGAUGGGCACGGAGGUCACACCGGGGAGGUGGCCUCCUCCUCAGCCGCGCCGUGUCCAUCAGCUCCGGCCGCUGUCAUGGUGUCAGCCCCGGAGAAAACAGCGCUCAGCCCGCAGAGGGAGGCUCCGCUCAGGCUCUGUACCGAGACACGGUGCUCCUGCCCCGGACUGAGUUCCCCAUGAAACUAACCGGACAGAAGCUUCUGGACCAAGAACUUCAAAUUCAGCAGGAAUGUGGGUUUGCAGAGUUGUACUCCUGGCAGAGAGACAGGAAGGCCAAGAAGGGGUUUUGCCUUCACGAUGGACCCCCGUAUGCCAACGGAGACCCUCACGUUGGCCAUGCACUCAAUAAGAUCUUGAAAGAUAUCCGUAAUCGUUUUGAGAUGCUGAGAGGACGACAGGUCCAUUACAUCCCAGGCUGGGACUGCCACGGCCUGCCCAUAGAGAUGAAAGCUCUGGGCGAUCUGGGCACCAGUGGCCUCGGCCCGCUGCAGAUUAGACGUAAAGCGCGAGAGUUUGCAGAAGGGGCGAUCGCUCGGCAGAAGGCUGCCUUCCAGCGCUGGGGGGUGAUGGCUGACUGGGAACACUGCUACUACACGUACGACGGGGCGUACGAGGCGGCUCAGUUGAAAGUCUUCCUGGAGAUGCACAGCAAGGGUCUCGUAUAUCAGGACUACAAACCCGUCUUCUGGUCUCCAUCGUCCAGGACAGCCCUGGCCGAGGCGGAGCUGGAGUACAACCCCGAACACACGAGCAGAGCCGUUUACGCCACGUUUCCUCUCGUCACGCUCCCGCCAAAGCUCGCUUCAGAAGAAGGAUUGGAGAACGUCUCGGUGCUGGUCUGGACCACCCAGCCAUGGACCAUUCCUGCCAACCAGGCUGUGUGCUACAUGCCAAACGCUCAAUACUCGGUAGUGAAGCGGGCGGAUAAUUCUCAGCUGCUGCUGGUGGCGACUGAACGGACGGCUAGCCUGGCAGCGCUGCUGCACACAGAGCUGCAAAGCAUCUGCACCCUCUCAGGCUCCCAGCUUCAAGGCGGAUUAUGCAAACAUCCCACAAUCCCAGACAAGCAAGUCCCGCUGCUCCCAGCCAAUCAUGUGACGAUGGCGAAAGGAACAGGGUUGGUCCACACGGCGCCAGCUCACGGCAUGGACGAUUACAGUGUGGCUUCACACUUUAAACUGUCUGUGGACUGUAUGGUGGAUGAAGAUGGGAAGUUCACAGAUCUGGCUGGACCUGAGCUCCAGAACCUGCCUGUGAUGACCGAGGGAACUGAUAAAGUGAUUUCGCUGCUGAAGGAGAGCAGCUCUCUGCUGCUGGAGGAGCAGUGCGUCCACAGUUAUCCAUACGACUGGCGCACCAAGCAGCCUGUGGUCAUCAGGCCCAGUAAACAGUGGUUCAUCAACACGGCGUCGCUCAAAGACAAAGCCAAGGAAGCGCUGCAGAAGGUGACGAUUCUGCCAGAGUCGGCCAGAAGCAGCCUGCUGGCCAUGCUGGACAGUCGGACCUACUGGUGCAUCUCCAGGCAGCGGAGCUGGGGGGUCCCCAUCCCGGUCUUCUACCACGGAGAGAGCCGAGAACCUCUGAUCAACAAAUACACGGUGGCCCACGUCGCAAAACUCUUCAAAGAAAAGGGCAGCGACUGUUGGUGGGAGCUUCCCAUCGAAGCUUUGCUGCCUCCAGAAGUUCUCAAGAAGAGUAAAGCGGGACCGGCGAGCGACUACGUUCGAGGAGAAGACGUUUUGGACAUCUGGUUCGACAGCGGAGCAUCGUGGGCAGCCGUGCUGGAAGGUCCGACUCACAAGAUCAGGAGGACAUCUGAGGAGCCGGAGUCUCAUCUGAGCUGGUUCAGACCUGUUUCUCAUCUUCAUCCUGGUAUCUCGCUCAGACCCCCUCACCACCUCCUCUCCUGCCUCCCUGCAGAGUCGGACCCCAGAGCAGACGCGUAUGUGGAGGGAAAGGACCAGCUGGGAGGCUGGUUUCAGUCCUCGCUGCUCACCAGCGUGGCGGUCAGGAACAAGGCGCCUUACAAGUCUCUGGUGGUUCACGGCUUUGCCGUCAGCGAAAAGGGAGAGAAGAUGUCCAAGUCUCUGGGAAACGUAGUCGAUCCUGAUGAAGUCAUCAACGGGACAAAGGAUGGCGGUCUUCCGGCUUACGGAGCAGACGUGCUCCGUUGGUGGGUCGCAGAGUCAAACGUCUUCUCCGAAGUCCAGAUUGGACCCAGCGCCCUGAACUCUGCGCGGGACAGCAUCAGUAAGGUGAGGAACACGCUCAGGUUCCUGCUCGGGAACCUGCACGGGUUCGACCCGCGACUUCAGACCGUAGACCCGACGCAGAUGCGCUACGUCGACCAGUACAUGCUGCACCUGCUGCGCGAGUUCGGCAUGAAGGUCACAGACGCCUACAGCGAGUUUGACGCCGGCAGGGUGGUCCGUAUCCUCCAAGCCUUCAUCACCAGAGACCUCUCCAGCUUUUACUUCAGUGUCAUCAAAGACAGGUUGUACUGCGAUGCAGAAGACUCGCUGGGCAGGAGGUCCUGUCAGACGGCUUUAGAGGAAAUUCUGGACGGGGUAACCCGAUCUGUGGCUCCCAUCCUGCCACACCUAGCGGAGGAGGUCUACCUGCACACACCGGGACACGAGAGAGGAGAAACGUUAUUCAGAAGCGGAUGGAUCAAAAGCAGCUCCGUGUGGCGGCGACCAGGUUUAGAGGAGGCCGUGGAAGGAGCUUGUGCCAUCAGGGACUCCUUCCUGUCCUCCAUUCCCGGGAAAAACCCCAACCAGUACGAGCUCACCAUCGCCAUCGAGCCCGGUCUUCUGUUUGAGCUCAUGGAGUCUCUCCAGGAAGAGUCCACCUCCACCACCUCCCAGCUGGUGGAGCUAAUGAUGGCGGCGCGGGUCAACCUGGCCAGCGACCUGCCUCGAGACCUGCACCCAGACGCCCUGCUGAACCAUGGGACCUUCCUCAUCAACCUGGAAGGUGGGGUCAUCCGAGAGGACAGCCCCUACAGCAUCGCCGUGACGCCCACCUCUGCUGCUCGCUGCCCACGGUGUCGCCGCUACACGGCAGAGUCUGCAGACUGCCUCUGUCCGCGCUGCAGCGGCGUCGUCUCACAGGCUCACUGACACGCCCGUCACCGUGGCAACCAAGGCACGCCAUGCUGGACGCAACGCAGAUAUUAAAUAAAUACUCUGAAACUGUGACAUGCAACUUCAAAAAUCUGCCUGUUAGCACAGCAUGUCGGCGUUUUUACUGUAAAUAUUUGUUUGUUUGGAGCGUAGAAGCGAUGCAUGAUGGGACUUUCUUCUCUGUAAGCGUUCUCGAUGAGUGUCACCAUGUGACCACGGUGGUUGCUGCUCCUGAGAAAACGAACGUAAGAUGGCGUUUGUAUAAUAGCCAGUUGUUUAUGAGGAAAGCGAGAUGAAUCUGUAAUAAAAGUAUUUCUCCGAG